UCAAAGGUCACAGGCGAGGGCGCCGCCCCCGCGGGAAGGGCGCCGAAGAGCCGCGAUGUCGGGAGAUGUUCGCGCUGGGUGUGUGAGGCCGGAGUGCGCGUGCGCCAGACGACGGAGACGGUAAAACACACAUUGUGUCGCUGCGGGACUUGAGCGCGAGCGCUGUACCACAGUACUUACUGCUCACUGGAGCAGCCAGAGGCUCGUCGCCGCGUGUCCGCAACGGCAGCGUCGGGCAACCCGGCUGCUGCCUGCUGGUAAACAAACACAGAGACUCGCCAUGAUGCGGCUGUGGACCUCGAUGCGGCUCGUCGGACGGUUGGCUGGACCCGUCCCUUUCCAGCAGAUGGCGUCGGCUCACAUCCCGCCCGGGACGGGAGCGACCGGGCGGGUGAUGCGGACCUACUUGUCUUGGUGUCCGCGUCCCUUCUCGGCAGCCCCCGAAGCCAGCAUCCCCCCCCCGGGCUGCACGCGGGUCCCAGCCAGGGGCAAAAGCAGCAGAGAGGGGAAAAAAGGGAGUAAAAAGAAAACACGGAUGAGUAGAGAGGAGGAUGAGGAUGAUGAAGAUCCUGACCCAGAAGCCAGCGACGAAGAGGAGGAACCCCACGAGGACCCCGACCUGCCCCGAAACUACAAAGACCAGGAAAGAGCUGUGGCGUCCCUGCGAUACGACCUCGUAAUCAGGGCCGCUCUGGAUAUACCGCGCAAUAAAAUCGACGACGCGUUCUACCAGAACAGGCUGAGGCUCAAUGGACAGCCGCUCAUCAAGAAGAGUAAAACGGUCUUAGUAGGGGACACGCUGGACCUGGUGCUGGAGGAAAAUGAGGAAGCGGGCACGGUCACCAUCAUGAGGGUCGUAGUCAAGGCGAUGGUUGGGGAAACGCAGAACACAGGGAAGCACAAGGUGCUGCUCCGACGAUGGAAGCAUUUGACCCUCCCCAAGGUCCAACAUGGCAAGUCAUGAGAGACGCUGGGCUCUCGGUGCCGAGAUGGGGCCCCUGGGGAGGACCGCAAUGGUACAGAUUGUUGCAAAGGGCUGGAUGUUGUCUCCAUGGAAACACCAGUGUGUCCCUCAGGUGUUUGUGUAGUUUGUAAUGUGGCAGAUAAGGCGCUGGGCUUCAGUGUCCAGCUGUGUGACGAACACACUUGAAACCUGUAGAGGUACAACAACGAGGUUUUGACCAGAGACAAUGGGCCAUUCCCCUGGGUCACGGUCCCUGCUUCAGUGUCACUUCACAUCCAACAAUGAGCGUUUCCUCCCAAGUAGAAGGAGGACUUCCUGUCACUUUGAUGACAUCACUCCCUCUUCUUCCUAAGUGCACAAGGCAAUAUGACAGUAAUAAAAGUAUUGUGACAUGGCAGCAGUGACACUGGGUGUGUUUCUCUUUUAUGUCACAGUUGUAAUUAUGUACAGUGCAUGCACGCACACACACACAAAUGCAAAAUGUAAGCCACGUUGUUUUUUCAGAUCAUCUUUUUUACCUAAGCAGUACCCGAACAGCUUCGGUCAAGGGUUCGCGCGUAAAAAUGAUUACUGCAGAACUGAAGGCAAG